AGUGGAUGCUCGAAGCGCAUUUGUGCAACGGACUGCACGUUGCAAUCAAUUACGGUCAAGAUGGCGCUAUCAUAUGGUCAUAGGAGCUGAAGUAGUGCUGCCGUUGCUUUAUUUGACUAUGAAUGUCGACUUUGAUCUCGGCUGGAAUAACAAAGGAGUAUACGUCGUCGAGUCCAUGAAAAUAUGGUGAGCAAGAACAUCCAGCGAUCGAUGCUGCAUCUGCGAACAGAGCGAUAACAUUGUUAUGUUUACGACGUCAAUCCGUCAUGCACAAAUGUACGUAGCAGUAUUGUUCGUUACUCGACGGGGCAGAGUGAUACACUGAGAUUAUCUAAACCUUGAUGUGUGGAUCAUCGGAAUUUUUGGAAAUUCAUGCGUUUUAUUAAUUUUAUCACUAAUUACCCGCACCACCGGAAUUCAUAAAAAUGCAUUCGACAAUGGGUGCACUUAUAUUCGGAUUAGUAAUUUUGCUGUCUGUUCCCGCGUCGUUUUGUAAUGUCAUUUACUAUCAACCUGAAAGUGUGCAUCUAGCCUAUGGUGAUAAUAUUCAUGACAUUGUUGUUACGUGGAGCACAAGAAAUGAUACAGAAGAAUCUAUAGUAGAAUAUGGAAUAGGAGGGUUCAUCCUGAGUGCUAGUGGAAAUUCCACCCAAUUUACUGAUGGUGGGGAAGAACAGCAAAAGCAAUAUAUCCAUAGAGUAUGGCUAAAGAAUUUAACACCCAACAGUAUAUAUAUGUACCACUGUGGUAGCAAAUAUGGAUGGUCAAAUGCUUUCUAUAUGAGAACUGCUCCAGAAGAAUUUGUGAACUGGUCGCCGCAAAUUGUUAUUUUUGGUGAUAUGGGUAAUGAAAAUGCUCAAAGUUUAUCAAGAUUACAAGAAGAAGCGCAACGUGGAUUGUACGAUGCAGCCAUUCAUGUUGGAGAUUUUGCAUAUGACAUGAACACUGACAAUGCACGUGUUGGCGAUGAAUUCAUGAAACAAAUAGAAGGAGUUGCUGCUUAUUUACCAUAUAUGACAGUACCUGGAAACCAUGAAGAAAGAUAUAAUUUUAGUAAUUACAGGGCUCGUUUUACAAUGCCUGGAGAUGCUGAAGGCUUAUGGUAUAGCUUUAAUGUGGGACCUGUCCACUUUAUUGGUAUAGAAACAGAAGCUUAUUACUUUAUGAACUAUGGUAUAAAACAGCUCGUUAAACAGUAUCAGUGGCUAGAGAAGGAUUUAGAAGAAGCUAACAAACCUAAGAACAGAGCACAGCGACCAUGGAUAGUAACAUUUGGUCACAGACCAAUGUACUGCAGUAAUAAGAAUGCAGAUGAUUGUACAAAUCAUCAAAGUCUCGUCAGAGUUGGAUUGCCACUAUUUAAUUGGUUUGGGCUUGAGGAUCUCUUUUUUAAACAUAAAGUAGACUUACUACUAUGGGCUCAUGAACAUAGUUAUGAACGUAUGUGGCCCAUGUAUAAUUUCAAGGUACAAAAUGGUAGUUACGAAGAACCGUACAAGAAUUACAAGGCACCUGUACACAUAGUAACUGGAUCGGCCGGAUGCAAAGAAGGUAGAGAAAAGUUCGUCCCGCAUAAACCAGAAUGGUCUGCAUAUCGUAGUUCAGAUUAUGGUUACACAAGGAUGAAGGCAUAUAAUCGGACUCAUCUAUAUCUUGAACAGGUAUCUGACGACAAGGAUGGUGCCAUAUUGGAUCAAGUUUGGAUCAUAAAGGACGAUAUUUUCCCGGCGUACAAUAUAGAUUACCUUGCAAACAAACUAUAGAGCAUAUUUUAGGAAAAAGUAAUUGAAAUAAUACAUGAACAUAUCGUUUUAGUUAUCAUUUUUUCUCGUUUGACAAUGUACCAUGCUGUUUUAUGGUAAAUAGCAAAAGUCUAUAGCUAUAAACUUCGAACAAUCGACUUUAAUUCUAUCUUUAAAAAUUCUCCCUGUUCCCUCUCGCAUUGAAACGAAUAAACUACAAAUAUUUUGCUAAUUACAAAUGAGAUGGAAAUUAAU